AUGCUUAAAAAAGCUUUUGUGGAAACUGCGAAUAAAUUAAAACUAGAGCUUCAAAAAACAGACUAUGUAGCUGUUACGUUUGAUGCUUGGACAUCUUUAGCUACUGAGUCAUACUUGACAGUAACAUGUCACUAUAUUGAUUAUGCCUGGUGUUUAAAAUCAGCUCUUUUAUCUACAAAGCCACUGAAUGAAAUAAGUCACACUGCAGAAAAUUUAUCAAAGGCUCUAAAUGAAAUUUUUAUUGAAUGGCAAAACGAUAAUAAAAUAGUGUGCAUUGUGACGGAUAACGCAGCUAAUAUGAUAAAAACAUGCAGUAUUUUACAAAAACGGCAUAUGCCUUGCUUUGCACAUUUAAUAAAUUUGGUAGUGCAGGAUAGUUUACCAUGUGUAGAGAACAUUUUAAAAAAAUUCAAGAGUACAGUUACUUAUUUUAAAAGUAGCUAUGUGGCUAUGGAAACCUUCAAAAAGGAACAGAAUACUAAUGAAGGAAGUGCUCCUUUAAAGUUGUUGCAGGAAGUUCCUACUAGGUGGAACAGUAGUUUCUACAUGAUUCAACGAAUCAAUCAAACUAGUGAGGCCCUUAAUAGAGCCUUAUUGCAGCUAAAAAAGGCUCCUGCGCCUCUUUCAUUAGAAGGGUGCUGCAUUCUUAAAGAAAUAGAGAAAGUACUUCUUUGUUUUGAGGAGUUAAAAACAGAAGAAGGAAAAACAUUUUGUACAAAUUUAAUAGAUGCUGUAAAGACAAGUUUAUUUCCAUACGAAAUUCGAACAGUUAAUAAUUUCUAUGCACAGGCGUUGCUGAAUCAUGCAAGAGUGACUGCUGCCGAAGUACAAUACUCAGGAGAAUAUGAUGAAGAACAUUUCGAAACCAAAGCCGAAACCGAGGCCGAAACUAUUGCAGAUAAGAAUGCUUCAAAUUUGGUUAAAACGGAAGUCACAACAGUGGCAACUCUCCAGAAAACUGUUAGCUCUGCUGCGAGCUCUGCAGAUAAGGAAUUAAGAUCACCAUGGACAGGAAGUGAUAUUUUGAAACUAAUAAUUUUAUAUGGAGAAAAUCAAGAGUCUUUUAAGUCAACAGUAAUCAGAAAAAGAUCGGUUUUGGAAUAUGAUUGA